UUUAAUAAAGAAUUUCCUAAAUCUAAGUUGCCUUGGCAGAACUGUUUACCUCCAGAAAGUAAACACUAGUAUAUUCUGCCAAUUAAAGUCAAGAAAAAUCAAUGAAAUGGGCGCCCUAACGAGCACAUCAAAUUGUCAAGCAAUGCAUAAAAUUAGUGCCUCGACAUGUCGCUGAACAUAUGGAAGAGCACCCGUUUGCUGGAUCGAAAUUGUCUACGUGGCAAGAUCCAGGGACUGUCGCCCCUUCUACGGACUAUGGACUGGCCACCCAAUAGGGAUUCGGUUUUCCGGGCCACUUGGAGCUACUAUGCUAGCGGCUGUCAAGAGCGACUGACUGACAUUCGCAGGCGCAUCGAACAGAACGCUAGAAUUGUGGCUCCAAUUAAAGAGCCAAUUACUAAACUUCCAGUGGACUUAAAGAUGUCCUUUAACGAAAACCAAUUGCCGCCAGGAAUAGAUUUGGAUGAGCACAUUUAUCAGGAACUGGUGUCCUGUUUCCGGAACGCAAAGAGCACUGAAUCAAAAAAGAAAAAAGAAACAUCGGCCAAGCGUUCGAAAGUUCAAAAGUAUUUCGAUAUGGGCAAGUUUUCCACCCCAGAGAAAUGGAUUGCUUGGAAACGUCAAGAACUGCAAGUUGGUCAAAUGCUACAGAAUUCUUUCGAUCCUUAUUUGAGAGCGGAAAUGCACAAGAAGCUACAACAUCUACAAAAACUCACCAAACUACGACCCCUAGUAGUGCUUCCAAAUCAGGAAGAAAAUAUUAACAAACACAAAGUAUCAUUGACUAAGAAAAGAAAGUCCCGACAAAAGUCCACGAAUUCAUUAAAAGCUGAAAGCGAAUCAAGAAAAAAUAGCACACAAAUUGCAGAUACCUAUAAAACUUAUAAGAAUCCCGGUAAAAACUCGAAGAUACAACAUUUGCGCAUAGGAAGUAUUAAAUCGGAACAUAGUAAGCAAUCUUCCAGGAAAUCGACAACUAGUACGAUAUUAGCAUUCCAUCCAAGUCUAGAAAGUAUCGCAAGUACACGACAAUCUACCAGAUUUUUUCGUCCCUAUGUCAAAAGACCAGUAAAAUCAAACCAUAGUAGUAGUGAUGAAGAUGUUUUAUAUGCAGUCGAUGAUCUAGGAGAAUCCCCACUGUUGAAAGAUAUUACUACGACGUCGGUAGCAUCGGAAAAACAUCAAAAGUCAAAAAAUUUGAAAUUACCAAUGAAAAUUAAAAAACCUAAGCUUAUAAAGCAACGAAAACAUGCAGAAAAAACGAAAAGCAAAAAUCCUAAAAUUCAUAAGAACUCAAAACAUCCGAAAUCGUUAAGUUACUAUUCUUUUAAGACCGACAGCGAAUCGGUUUCCAAGAACGUAUCAUUUUCGGAAAGCAAAACAUCGCAAUCUAAACAACGAAUAUUACGCAAAAAAUUAAUAUUAAGAAAAUCGAAAUCAGAGGGGACCAUUGAAGAGGACGAGCAACCUGUGGACCUAAGACAGAGUUUCGCUUCCAAAAGUAUGUCACAAUUUUUGAGUAACUAUCCAACGUCAAGAUCGAUUGAAUACCUUGCGCAAAUCGCGAAAGGUCCGUCAUCAAACAAUCUUGUCUUGAAUUUAAAGAAUAAAUUCAACGAAUCGGUUGUGUCACUGUACAGAGGUCAAAUGACUAACUCGGAUAAUGGUAGUGAAAUUCAAGAUAUCCAUAGAAGCUUUAUUCUUAGUGGCGAUCAUCAUGGCUGGACCUUCCUUGGCAAAAAAAUGGCCUUCGUUCCGCCAACUUCCUAUAGCACCUAUAGCAGGGCUAAGCUAAAAAGACGAGACCCAAAUGAACCGGCGGAGAAGAAUGUCGAAACGGAUGGACCCGAUAAAUCGCCACUAAACUCUAUUGCCAAUGUUGUAGGUAACAAGACAAGUCCAAGAACUACAAAGGAACAAGAAGGAACACGGAUGCAAUCGAAAACUGUUUCUGUGGAUGAAAUGCUUGCGUCUGUGGAAGCGAAACCUUUACUAAUUUCCGAUCUAGUAUCAGACUUUAUGCUGUCUUAUGGCUCUAGUAUGGGUUUUUUUGAAACAAAUCCGGAUUUAUUUAAAAGCAAUCAAUAUGAAGCUAAUACUACUAAUGUGAAAGAAGUGCCCAAGAAGUGCCCUCAAAAGAGAAAGGUAAAGAAAGUUAAGGACGUGAAAAAGAAGCCAUCGCAGCACUUUAAGAAGACCUGCUCCUUAUGCAAGUGUGUUAGAAGAAAACGUUCCGAAUUGCAGCCUUAUAUGCUGCAGAUGCAGAAGAGACGUCAGCGAUUGGAACUGAAAUCCUACUAUAUCCAGAGGAUAUCGAAAUGUCAAGAAUUUCUAAAGCACGACCCGAAGGAAACCUGCACCCGCGAUGGCUUAGCUAUAUGUUAUGAGACCCUCAAUCUUUGUCAGCAGAUCGUGGAUCAGAAGUUAUCAAAAAGAUCAUGAGGCUAAAUUCU